AGCUGUGGGAGACCUGGAUGAGGCUGGCACUGAAUGAGACCCCCGUGGUCCAGCUCCUGGAGGACGUCGCCCACCGGAUGGGGAAUGGGAGCAGCCAGGGGGCCACAGAGCUCCGGGAAGGACCCCAGGUUUUCCCAUCCCACCUCCCUCAGGAGCAGGAAAGACCUCGGGAUGUUUAUCCCCGACGAGAGAGUGCCCUGGUCCUUCAGGAGGUGAUGGAGAAGCUGCAGAGGCUCAACCAGAGCCUGGAGCUGACGCUGGAGGCCUUGGAGGACGCACGGAGCCGGCUGGAAAACCACCUGGAGCUCCUCAAGGCCGUUCCCAACCCGGAUGGUCAGAGCCCAAGUGCCACCUCCACCUUCAUCCCACCCGGCUCCUACUCGGCGCUGCUGGUUCUUCUCCUGGUGCUGGCGCUGCUCUGGGUGAUCCUCCUCCUUCUCCUCCUUUUCCUGGCUUCCAGCACCCUCGGAAUCCCGGAGCUCUCCGCUCUCCUGGUCCUUGCUGUGGCAGGACAGCGGCUGGUGGCAUCCAGAGGGAUCCGGCCGGUGGUUUCCCAGGAAAAACCCCCUCACCGUCUCACCUCCACCCCAGAGAGGGAAUGCGACCUGGAGCUGCUGCAGGAGGAGCUGGACAGGAUGGAGAUGAGCUGCGUGCGAGGUGACCACGCUGUGGGAGAGCCCUCGUACCUGGAGCAGCCCCAGGACAUUCCCGGCUCCAUAGGAUGGGUGUCACCUGCUCCUGGUGGCCGGAGGGCAACGCGGAGCUCACGCGGGGUAAGUGGUGCUGGAUGGGAUGUCCCCAAAUUGGGGUUGUCCCUCAAAGACGUGCUCUUUGGGAAUGGGUUUUAGUCAUAAAAUCAUGG